AUGGACAAGUUGAAAAUCUUCUUCAAAACCCUCUCCAAAUGCAACUGCUUCUCAACCCACUCCAACGACAACGACAACGAACCCACCAAACCCAAAUCAACCACCAGCUCCAAAACCUCCUCAACAGACCAGCACCCCCCAACAACCCUCAUAAUCUCCCACGGCGCCUUCCAAACCCAAUACCACUACCAACCCUUCAUCACCGCCCUCCAACACCAUACCCCCACCAUCUUCCACCGCGUCCUCGUCCCGCAACAAUCCAGCUCGGGCCACUCACCCCCACCCAACUCCUUCGAAAGCGACGUCGAGCUUCUCCACGAGACGGUACGGAAUGAACUCCUCGAUGGCCGAGACGUCCUCCUCGUCUGCCAUAGCUAUGGCGGGAUUCCUGGAUGCGAGGCGCUGGCGGAUUUACCUGAGAAGGCACUCGAUGGGAGGAUAAGGCUGGGCAGAGUCCUCGGCAUCGUCUUCGUCUCGGCGUUCGUGGCGGAAGCGGGUCAGAGUCUGGUGACGUCCAAGAUGGGCGGUAGGGCGGAGUGGGUGAAGACGGAGGGCCCCCUCUCCACAGUCCUCUCCCCCUCCCGUACCCUCUUCUCCUCCCUCCCCCCAACCGCCUCCGUCCCUUAUAUCACCCACAUCGUCCCCCAAUCCUCCACCUCCUUCAUCACCCCGACCAAACACGAAACCUGGAAAGACCAUCCCUGCGUGUACAUCCGCUGUCUGGAGGAUCGAGCGAUGAGGGUCGAGGAGCAGGAUUUCUUUCUGCAGAGGUUGAAGAACCGGUGUGGGGUGGGGAACGUGAGGGUGAGGGAUUUGAAGAGUGAUCAUGUUCCUUUUAGUAGUCGGGCGGGGGAGUUGGUGGGUUUGUUGGGGGGUUUGGUGGGGGAGUUGAGGGAUGUGUGA